GAAGAAGAAGAAGGAGAGAAAACCGAAAAAUAUGAGGACAGUGUACAGCAAGGAUGGGAAUCUCACAAAUUUACGGUUUUGCCACUGUUCCCAAGUUCGCACCCUUACCCCAAAAUCCUCAUUCCUCGUUUCUCUCAUUCAAGUUCCAAACUUUACCCUCUCCAUCACAACAAAAACCUUUCCCUUUCGAUCUUCCUCCAUUCUCUGCGGAAUCAACCGUCGAUGUGUGAAUAAUAAUUGUCGUCGUUGGGUGAUUCGAGCAUCAAUGGCAUCUUCCACGUCAUCCCCAACACAGAGAGAGCGAUUCUCUGUGCUGUUUGUGUGCCUCGGCAACAUAUGCAGAAGCCCAGCUGCGGAAGGAGUAUUCCAGGACUUGGUUAAGAAAAGGGGUCUCGAUUCAAAGUUCAACAUCGAUUCUUGUGGCACCAUCGAUUAUCACGAGGGGAAUGAAGCGGAUCCGAGAAUGAGGGAAGCAUCAAAGAAGCGUGGGAUUCAGAUAACUUCAAUUUCGAGGCCGAUCAAGCCAUCUGAUUUCGUUGAUUUUGAUCUUAUUCUAGCUAUGGACAUGCAAAACAGAGAGGACAUAUUGGAGUCUUUCAAUAGUUGGAGAGCCAGAUAUAAGUUACCAGAUGAUGCACAUAAAAAGGUUAAGUUGAUGUGCUCCUAUUGUAAGAAGCAUGAUGAAAGUGAAGUCCCGGAUCCUUAUUAUGGUGGACCGCAAGGGUUUGAAAAGGUAUUAGAUUUGCUUGAAGAUGCUUGCGGAUCAUUGCUAGAAAAUAUUUUGGCUGAAAAUGAACAUGUACGACAAUCCUAAUACGUUUUACCUGGUCAAUAGGUCCAUUUUUGGUGAAAAAUAUGUCUGUUUUUACAUAAUUGUCAAAAUUACCAUUUAUUUAACCCCCAAUUUCAAUGAAUGUAAACCCAUUGUCACGCAUAAAAUAUAUACGAUUCUUUUGUUCAUCUUGUGCACCAGAAUGAACACCGGACACGAUAUUAUAGCAGAUAAAAAUUAUAUUGUUCCAAGUCCUUCCAAGGGACAGAUACUAGUUCUUAUCUGCAUUUGCUGCAUUGCACCCAACAUUUAUCUUUCACUUGAUACUAAAGCUAGCACCGAAUGUUAGCAUUUCUCAAGUUAGGGAAGAUACCAACAACUUGUAUUGACUUCCAAUCAUAAGUGAGUAAGCUAAAUUGCAA